AACUUCAUACUAGCCAAUAAGGCGGUUACCACUUACCUGCGGUGAUUGUCAAACUUUGAUGCAUGUAGAUCUCAUUGUAGACGGUAUACAUCAACAAUUGACGACCACCACCAUACACGUAAUACACGUCUGGACGACCGUCAAGAACAAUCCUAUAGGCAACAAGGCCAAGUUGUAGUAGUACUGUAUAAUGCUGUCAUGGGCUUUCACUGAUGUUAUAGGACUGGGACUUCUUUUGCUUCUUUCUUAGGAGCCUCACGUGUGGAAGUUUGAGACCAUUAGAAAGCAAUAACUAUCCUUAUAUCUGGCAAUGGACCCGUGAUUGCCAACUGUGCAAACGAAUACGCAAAGACGUUGAACAUAAAAAAGGCUAGGGUGGCAAGUAGACCUCUCACGAGAUUUUGGACUUUGGUUUGGUUCGGUUUUUUGGAAACCUUAACUCUUUGAUUGUCAAAACCGAAUCAAACCGCCACUUACGUUUGAAUAUGCUGGUUUGAUUCCCGCUUAUGGUCCUUUGAUCCUCGAACCAUCAAUUCUUCAUCUUCCGUGCAAACACAAAAGGCCUCUUCCUCUCCCAACAUUGUAGCCGUCUUCACAAACUGCAGAUUGUUUUACAGACUCCAUUAGCUCCUUGAUUUCCAACACUCACAAAACCAAUCCAUGGACUCCUCCACUUCAAUGAACAACCAAAUCAAUGUCAACUUCACCAGCCAGAGCCACUCCGAAAUUAUAUCUCGCCACCCCCUCAAUGACGACUCAAACCAACCCGACAUUCCCUUACUUCUCCAAUCCUCAUAUGAGCUAUGCAGCUUCAGAGUCAGCCUCAAAUGGUGGGCACUCGACCACUCCUCGUGCCUUGGAAAAUUCGUAUCUUAUUUCACCUUCAUCUUCUUAACAAUCCUAGUCCCUAUCGUCACCUCCCUCUCUCUAAAUACCUCAUCUGACCCUAUCUCGUUCAACAAGCUAGUCCAACUUCCUGAGUCCGGCUUGGCUGCCAUUGGCUUCAUAACUCUGUCCGGCUUCUUCAGGAAAUAUGGCCUAAGACAACUUCUCUUCCUUGACGGUCUUGGAGACGACUCUGGCUUUGUUCGUCGCGAAUACACUCGCGAGCUCAAUAAGGCCUUCAAGUCCCUUGCUUGCAUACUACUGCCUUCAUUCUUCAUUGAGCUUGCCCACAAGAUCAUAUUCUUCUGCACUGUCAAGAUCUCACUGCCUCAUAUUAGUUCAAGCGUCCCACUCAAUUCCAUUAUGUUUGUUUUCGUUCUGGCUUCUUGGGUUUAUAGAACUGGCGUGUUCUUGCUGGUUUGUGUUUUGUUUCGCUUAACUUGUGAGCUCCAAAUACUUAGGUUCCAAGAACUACACAAGUUGUUCGAGGGGUGUGAAUUCGAUUCCAGCAUCAUAUUUAAGGAACAUGUAAGGAUAAGGAAGCAAUUGUGGGUUACCAGCCAUAGGUACCGGUUCUUUAUCAUCGGAUGCUUGUUUACAAUCACCGUGAGCCAAUUCGGGGCCUUGUUGCUGGUUUUGGCAUCCAAGACGGAGAAGACUUUCCUCAACUCUGGUGAUCUUGUGGUUUGCUCUGCCGUUGAGCUCAGCGGGUUGUUCUUGUGUCUAAUGGAGGCAGCAAGAAUAACUCAUAGAGCUCAAGGAAUUGUGGCAAUUGCAACGAGAUGGCACAUGUUCUUGACUUGUCCAUCUGCUUUAUCAGAUCAGCAGUGCAAAAAAUGGCUGCGCUCCGAGGCUAGCGGACAUCAUGGAGAGAGUGACUCCGAACAUUUAUCCGACGUUUUCUCUUCAGUUCCUCAAGAGGAGCCUUCCUCAUUCCAAACCAGGCAAGCUCUAGUGGUGUAUUUGCGACACAACAAUGGAGGGAUCACGCUGUAUGGAUUUAUGCUUGAUCGGGGGUCGCUUCGCACACUGUUUGCAUUUCAGUUCUCUUUGGUGCUGUGGAUACUCAGCAGAGUGGUUGUUUUGCAUUAAAACAAAGUUAUAGGAAUUUUCAGUGAAGAUUCCAACACCAACAACAACAAUGCUGGGGCCUUGAUAGUUUGGUGUUAUGGCUUGAAAAAAAA